CGACACAGUACUGCGUUGAGUUUUCCCUCCGAACAGUUUCCUCUCUCUUGAGCCCCAAGAAACCAAUAACAAGAAGUGGUAGAGAAACGGCGAGAAAGUUUGGGAAAGUUGAGAGGUAAAGGGAGAGAGUGGGAAAAUACAGGCGGGAGCUUGGGAAACCUUUAGAGGGAUAGAGAUAGAGAAAAAGCGAGAAAGUGAGUAAGAGUGGGUUUCAGAUAGAGAUGAAGCACAUUUUCAAGAAACUUCAUUUAGGAAGCAACCAUGACCCUAAUCGAUCCAAUGAAAACCCCAACUCAACCUCUGCCACGUCUGCAUCGUGUGCCUCCGAUCACAGAGCCGCUUCCGUUAACGGUCAGAGCUCCGGUGCCACUCCGGCCAGCCCUUCGCCGUUCCCGUCUCCGGCUGGCGAAGCCACGGGUCCGGUGCCAUCGGCCGAGUCGUCUGCGGCUAAUCGCGAGGACUUUAUCUCGUUCGAGGAGGAGUUCCAGGUUCAGCUGGCCCUGGCGAUCAGCGCGUCGAAUUCGGAGUCCCGCGAAGUUCCAGAGAAGGAUCAGAUCCGCGCCGCGACGCUGCUGAGCUUGGGUGGUCAGCAGAUCGAUUCGGUGGAGGAUAAGGACUUGGUCACGGCGGAGGCGCUGUCGAGGCAGUAUUGGGAAUACAGUGUUCUUGACUAUGAGGAUAAAGUGGUGGAUGGUUUUUACGACAUAUACGGGCUCUCCACGGAUUCGGCAAGUCAAGGAAAGAUGCCAUCUCUCACAGAUAUUGAAACAAACGUUGGGCAUUCUGGCUUUGAAGUUGUAAUGGUUAAUCGAACAAUUGAUCCUGCUCUGGAAGAGUUACUUCAAGUUGUACACUGUAUUGCUUUAGACUUCCCUAUCACCGAGGUUGGUGUGUUGGCACAAAGGCUUGCUGAGCUAGUUACAGGACACAUGGGUGGGCCUGUGAGGGAUGCUAAUAUCAUGUUAGCACAGUGGAUGGAAAGGAGAACAGAGUUGAGGACAUCUCUUCACACAAGUGUGUUGCCUAUUGGGUCCAUAGACAUUGGCCUUUCUCGACAUCGUGCCUUGCUUUUCAAGGUAUUUGCUGACAAUAUGAGAAUGCCUUGUAGACUUGUAAAAGGUACUCAUUACACUGGUGUUGAGGAUGAUGCUGUCAAUAUAAUAAAGUUGGAAGAUGAAAGUGAGUUUUUGGUUGAUCUAAUGGGAGCUCCUGGAACACUUAUACCUGCUGAUAUUCUAAGUGCGAAGGAAACUACGUUUAAGCCUUACAAUCUGAAAAUAAACAAAAUCCCAUCUAUGCAUUCUUCUAAUGACAUUGGAGUUUCAUACUCAAGACCAAAGCCUUUAGUUGGUGAAGGCAGCAAUCAAAGUGCUGCAUUGGAAAGUAGCUCACCUCUGGAUAUAAGGUCCAGUUCUGAAAAUGCAGAGUCCUUGCCUCCAUUCCCUGGUAAAAGUGGUGAUACAGCUGUUGGUUCAUCUGGCAUAUCCGACUUGCGGACUCCCAAUCAGUCAGAUCAUCUUUCCUCGUCAGGAAUUGGCACCUCUCUGUAUAAAGGAAGUCGUGUUGACCAAGUAGUUGGUGAUAGUGCAAGGAUGAACCUCAAUGUAGUUCCAUAUAAUCAAACUAGCCCUGAAGACUCAAAAAACCUUUUUUCUGAUUGUAAUCCAUUCCUGAUAAAAGGAACUGGCAAAACUUUUGUGCACAACAAACCUGCAGAGAAUAAAGUUGCUGAGCCUCAGAGACCAAGAAAUAACCAUGUCUCUGAUCGACCCCCUGUACCAUUGAUGUGGAAGAAUCGAUAUGCUUGCAAUGAAGUCCCUAGGCAAAAGGAGUAUGAUUAUACAGAGGGUGUGUUUCCAAGAAUUAAUCAUGAACCUAAUGACUAUAAUCUGUCAUCUUUAGCUUCCACUAGUUCUACGUCCGGAAAGAUCUAUGGUGAUGGUUUCAAAUCAUCUGGUAUUUCAAAUAUAUCCAGUGGAGGCAAUGAUACAGCAAAUUCCAUCGGUGUCACCAGUUCAUUGUUGGAAGGUAGCAUGGGUCAGUUUAACAGGUUGCCUUUGGUUGAGGGCCUACAUGCUAAUUCAAAGGGAGAGCACCUGAGGAGCAGGGAGGAAUCUCAAAGUGACAUAGUGGAUGUGAUUAAAGAGGAUGAAGAGAGAGAAAUUAAUUUCCAUGAUCAUCAAAAGUGGGUGCACGAUAGGGUUUUGGGCAACAAUUUGAAAUUAAAGGAUCCAGAAAGAGUUAGGUCGUUUGUUGAUUCCAGUGCAAGUAGGGUUGAUGAAAUAUUUGAUGAUGUGGAUGUAGGAAAGUGUGAGAUUCUUUGGGAUGAUCUGGUUAUUUAUGAAAGGAUUGGACUAGGUUCAUACGGAGAGGUUUAUCGUGCUGAUUUGAAUGGCACGGAGGUUGCUGUGAAGAAGUUCUUAGACCAGGAUUUCUCAGGUGUUGCUUUGGCUGAGUUCAGAAGUGAAGUACAGAUAAUGCGUACACUGCGGCAUCCAAAUGUUAUUCUUUUCAUGGGUGCAGUUACUCGUCCCCCAAAUCUGUCUAUAAUUACUGAGUUUCUUCCAAGGGGAAGCUUAUAUCGGAUACUUCAUCGUCCUCAUUGUCAAAUUGAUGAGAAGCGCAGAAUAAAAAUGGCCCUCAAUGUGGCAAGGGGCAUGAAUUGCUUGCAUACCAGCACACCUACAAUUGUUCACCGGGAUUUGAAGUCACCAAACCUUUUGGUUGAUAAGAAUUGGAAUGUCAAGGUUUGUGAUUUUGGGUUGUCUCGUUUGAAGCAUCACACUUUCUUGUCAUCCAAAUCAACUGCAGGAACGCCUGAGUGGAUGGCACCUGAAGUUCUCCGCAAUGAGCCCUCAAAUGAGAAGUGUGAUGUUUAUAGCUUUGGAGUCAUUCUAUGGGAGCUUGCUACUCUAAGAUUACCUUGGAGUGGGAUGAACCCAAUGCAAGUGGUGGGUGCAGUUGGUUUCCAGAAGCGGCGCCUGGACAUUCCUAAGGAAAUGGAUCCUGUGGUUGCAAAGAUAAUUUGGGAAUGUUGGCAGACUGAGCCGAACUUGCGUCCCUCAUUUGCACAGCUAACAGUAGCUCUCAAGUCUCUGCAGCGGCUUGUUAUCCCGUCACAUUUGGACCAGCCAAGUUCUGCCUUGCCACUAGAAAUCUCAGUGAAUUCUAUGCCUUGAAAGGUCUCAAUCUUUCUCAAGUGUGAAUAAGGAGACAUUUUGUUUCUUUGUAGUAUAUGAAACUUAAAAGAAAAAAGAAAAAAAAAAAGGACAAAAGGUGAAUAGUAAGGAUUGGGGUUAAUGUCGUCUUAAAGUUAUGCAUGUUGUUGCAGCCAAAUGACUGCAGAAGCACCUUUUGUACAGUUGGUUGUCCAAGCGAGGAUGCUGCAAAAAGAAAAAAGAAAUGGAAUCAUACAAAUGGGUUGUGUUGGGAGUUUUCUAGGAUCACGAUCCCAUUGUUAUUAAAAAAGGUUAAUUUGGUUUCUCCGGAGUUCCGAGCAUGAAGAGAGCACAGCACAUAUGUGCACAAGAUUGGAUGAGAUGAGACAUGGCUAUGUCAUAUAUGACAUUUGAUUAAGCUCCUACAUCUUGGGUGCCAAAGGAAGGUAAAGUCCAAGAGGGUUUGAUUUGCAAAGGAAAAUCAAAUGAAUCAUAUAAAUUAAAAUG